GUAAUAUUUUACCACAACAUAAAGAGUCUGGAAGGCCCUUCAAUUUCUCUACAUUAUUCCGCGGCUUCUGUUCAAAUUACACGACAACAUAAACGACGCUGAAACACCACCACAUACACCGGUGGCUGCCAUGUCGCUCGCUUCUGUGCGCAACAUGCGCUCGCAAUGGUUUCCCCCGAGACCGAGCUUCACCGAGCAUCAAGCCCCGUCACAAAUCGGCCGCGUUUUCAUCGUCACGGGUGGCAAUGCGGGUGUCGGCUACGAGCUUGUCAGAAUCCUCUACACUACCGGCGCCACUAUUUACAUGGCGUCGAGAUCAAAAGAACGAGCAGAGAAGGCCAUUGAAGCAAUCACGAGCGCCGCCCCAGCCCCCAAAACCCCCGGCCACAUCAAAGUCCUCCCUCUUGACCUCAACGACCUCGAAAGCGUAAAGGAAGCCGCCGCGUCCUUCGCUCAGCAAGAAUCAAAAUUAGACGUCCUAUGGAACAAUGCCGGAACUGGCGCACUAGGCGUCGAGGUUGGUGCGCGGACAAAACAGGGCUUUGAAGCUAUGGUUGGCAUGCAUUGUAUCGCAGCGCAGCUCUUUACGCAGCUGUUGAUUCCCCAACUCCGUGCAGCCGUCACCACCGCUCCACGCGGUUCGGUUCGCGUCGUGUGGACCUCCAGCUUCCUGGGCGACGCAUCGUCGCCCACCAACGGUAUCGAUUUCAGCACUCUUGAAAAGGGCACUUCGGAUCGUACCAGGAACUACGCCGUAUCGAAAAUCGGUAACUGGGUGCUGGGCCGCGAGAUGGCUACCCGCUAUCCUGACAUCGUUUCCGUGACGCAAAAUCCUGGGAACCUCAAGGCUGGCUCGUACGCUGGGACGCCCACCUUAGCUAUGUUCUUUAUUAACCCCUUACUCCACGACCCUAAGUUUGGCGGAUAUACGGAGCUCUUCGCGGGCCUGUCGCCCGAGGUUUCUCUCGAGAAUAACGGCGCAUACGUUAUCCCUUGGGGACGCAUUCGCUCAGACUCGGACUGCCCAAGGAAGGAUAUUAUUAAUGCGUUGAAGCCUGAAGCCGAUGGCGGUUUAGGGUACACUGCGAAGUUUUGGGACUGGUGUGAGGAACAGUGGAGGCCAUUUGCCUGAGUUGCCUAGGCUGCUUCACUGUCUAAUGCAUGUAGUAUAGAUGGAGCCAAUUUGGUGGCAUUCCUGAUUGCUUCGAGUUAGUUCUACUUUCCACUUGUUAGAGAAUGCGUAUGUCGCGGCGCGAUGUUCAUACUGAAACGUAGAUAUACUGAAUAAAGCUGC